GCGAAUAAUCGUUAUUUUUUGUUUUGGCAGUCGUCAUUUAUCUUGCUUGUUUCUCGUAAUUCAAACUUAAUUUAAGUCCAAAGCACCCUCAUUCGUCUGCAGGGCAAUUCAUGAGUCGUCGAUACGAUGCCUCGGCAAACGUCGUGAAAGUCAAACCAAGUUACUACCAGAACAAGGACGGCACAGGCGGGACACGAGUGCUGGUAAGGCACCGUGACACAAAUCUGCACCACCAACAUGCCUUCCCAGUGUGAUGUUUGCCGUAAGGACCUGAGUAGUAAUUUGGCGCUCGCAAAUCACAUGAGGACCCACACAGGAGAGAAACCUUUCGAGUGCACUGAGUGUCACAAGACAUUUGCGACCAGUUCUAGUCUUCGCAGCCAUCUCAAAAUUCACACAGGAGAGAAAUCUUUCGGGUGCACUGUGUGUCACAAGAUGUUUGCGCACAGUUCUGGUCUCCGCAGCCAUCUCAAAACUCACACGGGAGAAGAGAAAACUUUCAAGUGCACCGUUUGCAACAAGAAAUUCUUGACAGCGCAGGGGCUACUUGGACAUCUCCGGACGCACACGGGAGGGAAGCCCUAUGAGUGCACCGUGUGUGACAUGAAAUUCUCACAACAUCCGCAUCUCCGUACACAUCUCCGAACGCACACCGGAGAAAAGCCCUUCGAAUGCAGCCUCUGCCAGAGGAGGUUCUCGCAAAGUUCACAUCUGCGAGUACACGUCCGGAGGCACACUGGAGAAAGACCGUAUCAGUGUACUGUGUGCCACAAAACAUUCCUCACCGGUAAUUACCUUCGUGGGCAUGCCCUAAUACACACGGGAGAGAAACCUUUCGAGUGCACCGUGUGCAACAAGAAAUUUACACAAACGCAUUCGCUACGUGGACAUCUCCGAACGCACACGGGAGAGACACCUUUUUGGUGUACCGAGUGUCCAAAAAAAUAUGGGUCGGCUGGUGUUCUUCGCAGGCACCUCCUAACUCACACGGGAGAGAAACCUUUCGAGUGCACCGUGUGCGACAAGAAAUUUACGCAAGCGCAUAGGCUACGUGGACAUCUCCGAACGCACACGGGAGAGAAACCUUUCGAGUGCACCGUGUGCGACAAGAAAUUUAAGGAAGUGUAUUCGCUACGUAGACAUCUGCGAACGCACACGCGGUAAAAUGUGAUCGAACAUCACUGAGAUCUACGAACACUCACAGGUUAUAAAAACACGAUUGUUUUAUUGUACUUUAUCAUAUUAGAAAUUUGACAAAUCUGUCGAAUGUACUUUGUAUGAAUUAUGAAUGUGACAGGAGUUCUCAUAUGAAGACUUGCUUCCAAUAUGUUUGGAGCACAAGGACUAUGUAAAAAAAUAGAAUCUAAAAUAAAUUUACAUUAUUUUUAACGCUA